AUGAACAGUCAGCAGGGCGGAUAUGGCUCGUCUGGUGGUAUGACUGGUGGCUCCAACGGCUACGGUGGGUCGUCCAGUGGUUAUGGCGGCUCCAACAGCUACGGCUCGAGUCGUAUGGACAGUAAUACUAGUGGCUAUGGAGGUUCAUCAGGAGGCUACAGUGGAUCAAACAGUUACGGUUCCAGCGGCUAUGGCAACUCAUCAGGUGGAUACGGUGGCUCAGAUAGCUAUGGUUCAUCAAGCAUGGGUGGCAGCGCUGGUGGCUACGGCGCUUCCUCUGGUGGCAUGAGCGGAUCAAACAACUACGGUUCAUCCGGUAUGGGUGGUGGUAUGGGUCACAGCCACCACCACGGAUCUAGCAGUACGGGCACUGGUGGUGGUAUGAACUCUAGCAUGGGUUCAUCGAGUGGUUAUGGUGGUUCUUCUGGCUACGGCGACUCGUCCAGCGGCUAUGGUGGCUCAUCGAAUGGUUAUGGUGGCUCAUCUGGCAGCUACGGCGGAACGUCCGGCGGCCGCGGCGACUCGUCUAGUGGCUAUGGUGGCUCAUCGAAUGGUUAUGGUGGUUCAUCUGGCGGCUAUGGCGGUUCGUCCGGAGGCUAUGGUAGUUCGUCUGGCGGCUAUGGCGGCUCGUCUGGCGGCUAUGGCGGCUCGUCUGGCGGCUAUGGUGGCUCGUCCGGGGGCUUUGGUGGUUCAUCGAGCGGUAUGGGGUCGUCAGGAGGCUACGGCGGAUCUGAGAGCUUUGGAUCAUCAGGCAUGGGUAGUGGUAUGGGGGGCCACCAUAGCUCUGGCGGUAUGGGUGGCUCUAAUGGCUACACGUCCGGUGGUAUGGGCGGUUCCGGCAUGGGAUCUGGAAUGGGUUCCAACGGCUAUGGUGGCUCAUCUAACGGUAUGGGAAGCGGCUCAGGUGGCUACAGCGGCUACGGCGGUGGAUACUAA